AUGGCAGCCACGGUCCUGGGAAAGCGCACUCGCAGUGCAGCAGAGCCAGAAGCACUCCCAGUACGCACUGCAAGCAAGCGCCGCACCGUUGCACCCCGUGCCCGCCGUGAGGAUGCUGCUCCCAAGUCGAUUCCUCGUACUCGCUCGCGCGCGAAGAUCGCGGAGCCUUUGCCCGACCAGGAGAAUGGCGAUGUCAAACAGAUCUCGGAAAAAACGCUUUCCAAGCACGCCGUCCAUGAGAAGCAGGGUGGGUCACCGUCCAAGAUUAACUUGCAUUUCCGCACCUCGAAGCUAGUGGAGGGUAAGCUGAGAGAACCGGAAGGACUGUGUGGCCAGAAAUGUGGGCUAACAGACUGUCUACCAGAGGAAACCCCCGUCCCAGUUGAAUUCAAGACCCCGCAGAAAUCCCGAUUCCGAGAUGCAUUGCAACAUUCACCCGUUACGCCUCGGCAUCGUGUACAAGUAGGGGCGAAGGCAGCAACUCCCCGCACUCCUCGACACGCCGAUCUUCUGCCUACUCCCCGUCAAAGCGCCACCCCGACCACCGCACAUUCUGUCUACUCACAUGCGCGACAGCUCUUUGCUCGUGGAGCCAACUCUGGACGACUUGUGGGCCGCGACUCGGAACGACAGAAGGUAGCCACUUUCAUUGAAGAUUGUGUGAGGUCCCAAAAAGGCGGUUGUCUAUACAUCAGCGGACCGCCGGGCACUGGCAAGAGUGCAAUGGUCAAUGAAGUGUGUCAAGAUAUGGACUUGUCCAAUGCUAAGGUCUCCCAUGUGAAUUGUGUGAGCAUGCGAAAUGCACGCGACGUCUACAGCAAGCUCAUCCAAGAUUUUGAUGAUGACUCAGAUGUUUUCAAGAAGAGCGAGGCAGACAGACUGAAAGCGAUGUUUAUUCCUCCCAAGCCAAACGGCCUCUUCUUGGUUUCCCUGGAUGAAAUGGAUCACUUACUUAUGGGCGAUUCGGGUGUACUCCAAUCAUUGUUCGAGUGGUCGCUGUCUAACCAGUCAACUCUCAUCCUUAUUGGCAUCGCCAACGCUUUGGACUUGACCGACCGUUCCCUACCCCAACUAAAGGCAAAGAAUCUGAGGCCGAUUUUACUGCCGUUCUUGCCGUACAAUGCGGCAUCCAUUGCCAACGUUAUUACCAACCGUCUUCGGUCGCUGAUUCCUGAGGGCAUGGAUAACGAUCCCAAGUUUGUUCCUUUCUUGCAACCCGCUGCUAUUCAGCUUUGUGCAAAAAAGGUUGCGUCGCAGACCGGUGAUCUCCGAAAAGCCUUUGAACUGAUCAAGCGCGCAAUUGAUGUUAUUGAGCAAGAAACUCAGCAAAAGCUAGAGAAACAAGCGGCAGAAUCGGACAAUCACUCGAUACUCGCCGAGAACAAGAAUCUCUCCUCGCAAGUAAAGGGAGCUCCCACUCCUCGGCCAACUACAAUGUCAAGCUAUACAGUGAUGACAGCACCUCGUGCCAGCAUUGCGCAUAUCGCUCGCAUCACGACUUCGGCCUUCGGACAAGGCACCGUUCAAAGAUUGAAGGGCUUGAAUUUGCAGCAGAAAGCUGCCAUAUGUGCUUUGAUUGCACUUGAGCGCAAGCGUCGGGAAUUCGACGUCCCCAGCACACCCUCGAAGUCUCGGGGCUCCGCCCCCACAGUGAAGCAAGCAUUCGACACAUAUUGUACACUUUGCCGCAAUGACAACAUUCUCCACCCCUUGACUUCCACCGAGUUCAAAGAUGUCUUGAGUAAUCUGGAAACUAUGGGCCUUGUGGGCGAAUAUCAAGGCCGCGGUCGUGGUGGAACCGUUGCUGGUGGCUCUGAUAUUCGUCGCACGCCCUCCAAGUCGGGCAAUGUCAUCUCGACUCCCCAAAAGGGCAUGGAUGAGCAGGGCCUUCUUUGCUUUGUCUCCCAGUCAGAAAUCGAAGGGCAGAUUGCCGGUCCUGGCGAAGGUAUCCUCAGACGACUUCUCCGAGGGGAAGGCCUAUGA